AUGCGGCCACUGGCGCCAGCGCUGCCGCUUGUUCCUCCCUGCCGCGGCGCAGACCCCAGCGACCACGCGCUGCAGACGGCGGCGCUACACCACACGGUGUGGAAGCGGUCCAGCAUGGGGUUCCACGGCACCGAUGGCUUCUCCGUCUACGACGCCGCCGGCACGCUCGCCUUCCGCGUCCACAACUACUCGUGUCGCUGGAAGGUGUUCGCCGGCGAGCUCCUCCUCAUGGAUGGCCAAGGCUCGCCCCUCCUCGCCCUCAUGCCUUCUCUUGGUCUUCUCUUUUGUGGGAAGGACAUUGAACCAGUUUGGGGCCGCAAGGAAUUCUUGAAGUUCAUUAUUUUGGUCAACUCCAUCUGUGGCAUUCUUGCGUUCUGCUUUGCUAUUGGACUCUUCUAUGUCACCGGAAAGGAGAGCUUCCUAUAA